AUUUUAUUCGUCAGAACAAAUAUUUUAAUAUUCUCUAUAGUUUCACCACACCAAUUAAUUAUAUUUUUAAUUUUAGAUUACUUGAAAGUAAAAAAUAAACCUGAACAAUCAACCGCUUAUAAUUCACCCAUGUAUUACUAUACUCUAUGUGUUCACCAAUGAGUAUGGCAACACCUUUGUAAUAAUAAUAAUUAAAUAUGUUUUUAUAAUUACUGUCGUGAGACAUACUAUAUUGAGUAAAAUCGCGGGUUACUCACGUGAAUAUACUGAGAAAACUGAGAAAAGCUCUACUAGUUUCGAACCACAGAGGGGUUCUUCCUCAUGA